ACACAGGUGCUUUACUUUACUCAGGUGCUUUACUUUACUCAGGUGCUUUACUUUACACAGGUGCUUUACUUUACUCAGGUGCUUUACUUUACUCAGGUGCUUUACUUUACGCGAGUCUUUCUGCUUCCGCCUCGUCUCCGACGGAAACACUGGACUUUACUUCCCCUCAUUCAUCUGACGGCUUCAGUUACUUUACAGAUUCACAUUUUUACACUAAACACGUGAAGAGUUUAUAAAAUCUGAUGUUUUGUUAUAAAUGAAACUCCCAACUGUUUGUACGAGUUCAGUUGAAUCGAUUAAUCGAUUAAUCGAUUAGUCGACUGACAGAAAAUCAUUCGAUCCGGAAUGAAAAGCAUCAUCAGCUGCAGUCCGAUACAAACCGGUUCAACAUGAGCUCCAGCUCCACCAGCUGCAGCAGCAACAUCCUGCUUUACAUUAAUGCACGAGGAAUAAUAACCUGAUGAUAGAAUAUAUAACAGCUCUGGCGUCGGUGGACUGGCUGCUGUGAGCCUCGGGCGUUAGGAGCUUAUUGAUUACGAUCAUUGAUCCCGCUGAAAACAAACUAAACGUCUUGGCGAACAUCAGCUGAUAAAAAAUGAAGCGUCGUUACAUUUUAAACUGCACAGCAGUGCAUAAAGUUAAUGUUUAAACUAACGUUAAAAAGCUGAUUUCACAUGAAUAUGCCUGUAUUAUUAUUAUUAUUAUUAUUAUUUAUUAAUAAUAAAGAUGUGGCAGAGGAGAAAUGAGGUCAGGUGGUCUCUUGCCUGUGAAUCAGACUCAGUUGUGAAACAAACUUCUUCCCAAAUGUUGAAACAAAAGCUGAAAGAAGGUUUGGAGACUUCUGCAGUCCGAUGACGCGCUUCCUGAGCGGCGGCCGGAAGCCAAACAUCUGAAACGCGUUUUCUGCUGACUCAGUUUGUCCAGGAUUUCUUAAAGAAACAUGACGACACAGGAAGUGAAGCGGCACACACACCUUCAGCCAGGCGUCGCGCUUCACGCUUCAUUUACCUGAAGUGGAGUUUUACAGUGUGUGGUUAGAGACGCUUCCUCCAUGCCUAAUAAUGAAAUAUUAACUCUUGCAUGGCAUCACUGGUUUCACUGGAUGUGAUGGGAGGUGAACUGGUUUAAAGACCUGAUCGGUGACCAGUUGGAGUCAGUUAAUGCACCUGAGAGAGUUUCCUUCCUGCCUCCGACUCCGAGCUGUUAAGAAUCUGGAUUAAAGGCACAGAUAAAGGUGUGAAGUCACGUGUCGUGGCGGCAGGUGAGACCCUGCAGGUUUCCUGUCUCUCCCCGCGGAUCUACGGUUGGUUGUGACGCAACAAGUUUUCACAAGCUUCGUCACUUCGGGAUUUAUCUGUAUGACUCCACGGAGAGUGACGGUGCUGUCGGUGCCCGUCAACGGGAAACCCCCGCGGGAGAGGGUGCAGAUAAAAGGUCCAAACUGCUGCAAAUGGAAGCAAAAGCAGAAUUUACCGAGUUCAGCGGCGGACACACACCGAGACCGAGAGCCAGACAGCCGCCCUGACAGACAUGAACACCCUGACAGUCGUCGCCCUGCUGCACUACUUCCUGUUUGCAGUUUUGGUCCAAUCAGCUCCCGUCAGCUCGCCGUCCGACCAGCCGGCGGCAUUCAGAGAGGCGGCCGAGCGGGCGAAGACGCUGGUGGAGAAAAUCCUGAGAGACAUCCCCGCCGUGCACACCGCCACCAUCAACACUGAGGGUUUGACCCUUGACCCUUCCACACAGACAACAAACCUGCAGAUGAUGGUGACAUCACUGGGCAUCCCCGCCGCCCCCGUUCUCAAACCGCUGUCUGAACGCUUCACACUGGACACCUGCGUGAGUCGCAUGUCAGCGGGCAGCCGGCUGUACCAAGGGCUGCUGGGAGUUUUGUCUGACAGACUGAGUGGACUGAGCGACCUGCGAGCUGACCUCAGAGACCUGCUGACACACAUCAACAAGAUGAAGGAGGUGGCUCAGCUCGGCGGCGCGGUGGAUCAGAACCACAGUCUGGACCUGGCCUCCCGUCUCCAUGGUAACUACGAUGUCCAGGUGGCGGCCCACCUGACGCUGACGCAGCUUCGCUCCUUCUGUCACGACCUGAUCCGCAGCCUGAGAGCCAUCGCCACCCACAGGCCCCGAGCUGAAGGUACACGCUAAGCCCCGCCCACCAGGGACGACACCGCGCUGCGUUCAAGGACACACGGACACAUCGGGAUGACCUGGACGGAGUUAAAGUUGAUUGUGAUCGUUCAUGACCUCUGGAGGAGCCGGUGACCCCGACGACCUGACGGGACAGAUCAGCUGUGUCUGCCUGCAAUGCCUCCUGGGAGAUAUUUUAUUGAUCAGCGAUCGAUGGCCGAACAGACUCAGUUUUUUCCUCGUGAGUUGCCGUAUGCCAGCCGAGAUCCGCAGCCGGAAAGACUCUCCACUCUUUGUCGUUCACGUCUUAAUACAACAGCAGCUUCUGAUGUUUCAGCAACAUCGUUUCUUCUUCAGAGCUUAAAGACGUCACACAUUCUUCUUCUGUACAAAAUAUUCUCACAGAGCUGAAUUCAGAUAUUUAUAUUUAUAUAUUCAGCGAGUCCAAACCACAGAUCCGUCAACUGAGUCUCAGCUGUAACACAGAGACUCGCAGGUUCAGCAGGAAACGAGUCCAGAACCAUCCUGCAGAGCGAAGCGGCAGCGGCGGCUCGGCUCAUCUGAUUGGCCGACGUGCUGCAGGGACCAUCAGCUGGAAUGUGAACGAGUUUAAAAAGCUUCCAGGACUGAAGAGAGACGACUGUGACAGAUCUGAGAUCUGCAGGUCUGAACCUGCUCAGCUUCUGUCUGCAGCGUUUAGAAAAGCCAGGAAGCUUGCAGACGUCUGAGCAGUAAAAACACACUUUGAUUAUUUCUGAUCGGAAGAAGCAAAAAGAAAAGAAGAAGAACUUUUAUUUUGUAGAUCGUUGCUGAUUUUUACAGUUUAUUGGACAACUGGCAUGAGUGUGUGUUGCACUCUGAUCAUUUAUCAGUUAAUCGAUUGCCAGAAAAUUAAUUGGCAGCAAUUUUAAUAAUUGAUUAAUCGUUAGAGACAAUUUUAAGCAAAACUUUUCUGCUUUCAGUGUUUUCGGACACUUUCAGACCAAACGAUUGAUUGUGAUGAUCGAUAAUGAAAACAAUCGUUAUUUGCAGCUCUAAUCAGACUUGAACGUUACCGUAAUUACUGAUCAUUCAAACUUCCUGCUGCUCCUGUUUCACAUUAAAAGCUUCUCCAUUGGUGAAUCAUGCAGAUGCUUUUAUUGUGAAGCAGCAACAGGAAGUGCAUUGUCGUCACAGCGGCUCAGCUGCUCUUUAACUUCCUGUGAACGCUUCGUCUGCAGAUGGUUUCUGAACGCUUCAGGGAGGAAACAUGUUUGUUUCUGUAUAUUUAUAUUUAUUUAUUUGGUGUUUGGGUGUAAAUGUUUGGUGAGGACUUUAAAAUGAGUUUAUAUUUAUCUGCUGUCAUCAGAAACUGCAGGUUAUUUAUACUAUUUUUAUUUAUGACUGAUAUUUAUUUGUUAUUUAUGAUGAAAGUUAUUGUUUUACUGUUGUUGUUUUCUCUGUAUGAAUGAUUUUAUUUUACGUGCGUGUGUGUGUGCGUGCACGUGAGGUCGCAGGACACAUGAACAUGUUUAAUAUAUUUUCUGUAGUUUUAAAAUGGGGUCAAAGGUCAGAGGAGGAAGCCUGCAGGGACGAGCGAGGCUUAAAGUCACUUUUCACUUCAGGAAGUGAAAAGUUUCUCAAGUUCAGCAACAACAGCGAUGAUGUCAGAGCAGCGCUGACGUCAGAGCAGCGAUGAUGUCAGAGCAGCGAUGACGUCAGAGCAGCGAUGAUUCAUAGAAACACGCGUGUGUGUUUGAACAGGAAGUUGUUUGGUGUGUAAAUGAUAUUCAUUUCCUUGCGUUUCAGGCAGGUGUGUGUGUUCAGGUGUGGGACUGACUGAGUCGGUUGUGUGUUGAAGUAAACCCUGUGGGUGAACUCGUUUAUUUACUUCCUUUUUUAUUUAUAAAGAAACAGAUUUUAUACUUUCGUUGAUUUUCUAAAAGUCGUCUUCAGAGAGAAGUAUGUUUCAUAUUGUGUGUAACAGCCAAUCAGGAGUCUUUGUACAUGUAGUUUGUUUUUGAUGAUAAUAAAACACUUUUCACCG